AUGAGGGCCAAGCGAUCCAAGAAGUACCGCAAGCUCAUGCACCAGUAUGAGCUUACGUUCGGGUUCCGUGAGCCGUAUCAGGUUUUGGUUGACUCCAAUUUUCUCCGCGCCGUCCACUCUUUCAAAAUGGACUUGAUCCCCGCUCUGGAGCGCACUCUUCAAGGCAAACCCAAGCCUCUCCUCACAAAAUGCUCACUCGCCGCAAUAAUGGCCUCCCAACCCAUCAACCCUAAGACCAACAACCCCUACCGCCCUGACCACCUUCCCCCACCCACCACUCUCCCUCUCCGCCACUGCUCCCACAACGCCGACUCGACCCCCAUCGACGAAGUCGAGUGCCUGCUCUCCCUCCUCUCCCCGUCCGCCGAGAGCAAAAAGAACAAGGAACAUUACAUCCUCGCGACGGCGGACCCGCACAACGCCAAGGACAAGUCCGCGACGGAUAACUCGGCCGCGGGACGGAAACGCAAGCGCGACGCAGAGGAUAAGGCUGAGGCGGCGCUUCGGAAGUCGAGGUUGCUGCGGCGUCAGGCUCGGUCGAUUCCGGGUGUGCCGAUUGUGUAUGUGAAGCGGUCGGUGAUGGUGUUGGAGCCGAUGAGUGACCCGUCGGAUGCGAUUAGGGAGGGCGUGGAGAAGGGGAAGUUUAGGGUUGGGUUGAAUGAUGAGGCGAAGAAGAAGACGACGACAGCUGCGGACGGGGAGAAGACGAAGAAGAAGAGGGACUUGAAGAAGCCCAAGGGCCCGAAUCCGCUGAGUGUGAAGAAGCCGAAGAAGAGGGCGCCCGAGGGUACCACUGCCGGGAAGACGGAGAAGCCGAAGAGAGAGGCGGAGGAGAGACCCGCUGCGGAGGAGAGGGAGGGUGAGGAUGGAGAUGCGGCGCCGAAGGCGAAGCGCAGACGUCGUCAUCAUAAGGGCGGUGCUGGGAGGACGGAUGGUGAGGGUGAGGGUGGUGCGGAGGCUGUUGCUGCUGCUGCUACGCCAGCUGAUGCCAUGGAUGAUUGAUUGCUUUGCUAAGGUGCUACUUUUCUUUUAACUUGACUUCAUGGUACGGCGUUCGGCGGACGAGAUAAAAAAGUGUCCAUAUGAAUUGUGUAUAGGUAGUUAUCACCAAUAUUGAUAGACGAUUCCAACAUCCAACAUACCCAUCCCAGCACAACACAACCCAAAGAAGCAUAGCAUACACUGAAGAAGCAGUAGCAGCAUAAGAAG